AUGGAUACCAAGCUAUACAAAUUCAUUCCGGAGGGCGAUACCCUCCAAGAGGGAGAGUCUGCAGACGGGCUGGCACAGCACCGUCCUUAUCUGGGGUUAGAGGAGGACGCAGAGGAGCAGGAAAACAUUCGGUCAUUGGCGCGCACGCUGACUGGGUCGUCUGGGGGCAGCACGGUGAAUGUUCAGCACGGAUACAUCUCUGGGACGGCAGAUGAGCUGGCAGCGAUAGGAAUUGGAUCAGAUCCGCGGCUGGAUCCAGAAUCGGAGGAGUUUGAUUCGCGGUUCUGGGUGCGUUCCAUGCGCAAGUUGUUCGUGGGGGACCGGGAGCGGUACAAGCCGACGGAGCUGGGGGUGUGUCUGAAGGGUCUGAGGGUCAGCGGGAGCGCUGGUGACACAGACUACCAGGCCACGGUUUUGACGUGGCCGUUGAAGUACGUGCAGUCUAUGUAUGCGAGGAUGCCGUGGUGCAAGAACAGGCAGGAGGCGAUGUUUGACAUUAUUAAGCCUCUGGAUGCUUUGUUUAUGCCAGGGCGGCUAUGUGUUGUUCUGGGGCGGCCGGGCGCAGGGUGCUCGUCGUUGUUGAAGACGGUUGCGGCGCGCACGUACGGGUUUGAGGUGAGGCCUGAAUCGGUUAUAAGCUACGAUGGGAUAUCGCAGAAGGACAUUAGUAAGAAUUUCCGGGGGGACGUGAUCUACUCGGCAGAGAUGGAUUCCCAUUUUGCCAACUUGCCUGUGGGAUACACUUUAGAGUUUGCAGCGCGGUGUCGUUGUCCUCAGGUGCGUCCGGGGGGGGUGAGCAGGGAAGAAUACUACAAGCACUACGCUGCGGUUGUCAUGGCGACGUACGGGUUGUCGCACACGUACAAUACCAAGGUCGGGAACGACUACAUCAGAGGUGUGUCCGGCGGAGAGCGGAAACGUGUCUCGUUGGCGGAGAUAACGCUGGCGGGUGCCAAGGUGCAGUGCUGGGACAAUUCGACACGUGGUUUGGAUUCUGCGACGGCGCUGGAGUUUGUGCGGGCGCUGAAGACCAAUGCGGAGGUGUUGCGAACGACGCCGUUGAUAGCGAUCUACCAGUGUUCGCAGGAUGCGUACGAGCUGUUCGACGAUGUGUUGUUGUUGUACGAAGGGUACGAGAUAUAUUUCGGGACGGCUUCGGCGGCUGAGGAAUAUUUUGUUGAGAUGGGGUGGGAGUGCCCCGCGCAGCAGUCGACUGCGGACUUUUUGACGUCGGUGACGGCGCCCGCGGAGCGGCGGGCGCGGGCCGGGUACGAGGAAAAGGUGCCCAGGACGGCGAAGGAGUUUUAUGAGAGAUGGCAGGGGUCCAAGGAGCGGGCGGAGUUGUGUGGGCAGAUUGAGGAGUAUUUGAGGCACCAGUCGGGCGGGGAGGGCCGGAAGCAGUUGGCUGAGUACCAUAGUAAUCGUCAGGCUGGGCGGUUGAGUUCGAAGUCGCCCUAUUUGAUAACGUUUUGGAUGCAGUUUUGGACGCUGGUUGAUAGGAAUUGGAAGAGGAUUCUGGGAGAUCCGUCGGUGUAUUUGUUUAUGAUAUUGUCUAAUUCUUUUAUGGGGUUGAUUCUUGCUUCUACGUUUUUUAAUCAGAAGCAGAAUACGGAGUCUUUUUUUUUCCGUGGGUCAGCUCUGUAUACUGCUAUCUUGUUCAAUUCUUUUUCGUCGUUUUUGGAGAUUAUGUCGUUGUUUGAGGCGCGGAAGAUUGUUGAGAAGCAUAAGACGUAUGCAUUUUACCAUCCUGCUGCGGAUGCCCUAGCUUCUAUCUAUACGGAGUUGCCGGCGAAGAUUUUGAUCUGUCUGUGUUUCAAUCUUGUCUUUUACUUUAUGGUGAAUUUGAGACGUAGCGCCGGGGCGUUUUUCUUCUACAUGCUUGUUUCGUUGACUUCGACGUUUGCGAUGUCACAUUUGUUUAGGACGAUUGGUGCUGCUUGUACUUCGCUUUAUGUUACGAUGACUCCUGCGUCUAUUUUGUUGUUGGCGAUUUCGUUGUAUGUUGGGUUUGUUAUCCCUCAGCAUAAUAUUCUUGGUUGGUCUAAAUGGAUCUUUUAUCUGAAUCCGAUUGCGAGGUCCAUGGAGGCUAUGUUUGCCAACGAAUUCCAUGGCAGGCAGUUUGACUGUUCACGGUUUGUCCCUUCUGGGCCAGGGUACGAGUCGGUGUCGGUAGACAAUCAGGUUUGUGCUGUUAUCGGUGCAGUGCCGGGACAGAGUACUGUUUCCGGUACCAGAUACAUGGAGCUGGCGUAUGGUUAUCGUAACAGUCAUAAGUGGAGGAAUUGGGCUAUCGUUGUUCUGUAUGCCGUGGUGUUUUUGUUUUUCUAUUUGGUCUUGAUCGAGUACAACAAGGGUGAGAUGCAGAAGGGUGAGGUUGUUUUGUUUACAAGAUCUACCAUGAAGAAACUGAAGCGUAAAAACAAAAACAAGAAGGGUGAACAAGGCGAUUUGGAGUCUAAUGGAAUUCCAACCAAGGAAUCUAGUGACAUCGACAACGAUGGAGUUGCGUCUGAUUCGCUCAUACAAAAGAUUGGGUCGGAUGAUAUUUUCCAUUGGAGAAACGUUUGUUACGACGUGCAAAUCAAGAAAGAAACUAGGCGUAUUCUAAACGGGGUCGACGGUUGGGUUAAGCCAGGUACUUUAACUGCUCUAAUGGGGUGUUCUGGGGCUGGUAAGACCACGUUGUUGGAUGUUUUGGCAAAUCGUGUCAAAGUGGGUGUCAUUACUGGUAAUAUGUUUGUUAACGGAUUACCAAGGGAUGCUUCUUUCCAAAGAAACACCGGAUAUUGUCAACAACAGGAUUUGCAUGGUCGUACGCAGACCGUACGUGAAGCGCUUAGAUUUAGUGCUUACUUGAGGCAACCAGAGGCAACGCCAAGGGCUGAAAAAGAUGCUUAUGUGGAAGAUAUUAUUCGUCUCUUGGAGAUGGAAGCGUAUGCUGAUGCCGUUGUAGGUGUUACAGGUGAAGGUUUAAAUGUGGAACAGCGGAAAAGGUUGACUAUUGGUGUGGAAUUGGUUGCAAGACCAAAGCUGUUGCUUUUCUUAGACGAGCCUACUUCUGGUCUGGAUUCUCAAACUGCUUGGUCCAUUUGCCAGUUGAUGCGUAAGUUAGCUACUCAUGGUCAAGCCGUAUUGUGUACUAUUCACCAGCCCUCCGCAAUCCUGAUGCAGGAAUUCGAUAGGCUAUUACUAUUGGCUAGUGGUGGUAGAACAGUUUACUUUGGUGAAUUGGGUAAAGGUUGUCAAACAAUGAUUGAUUAUUUCGAAAGUCAUGGUUCUCAAAAAUUCCCUGAAAACUGUAACCCUGCCGAGUUCAUGUUGGAAAUUAUUGGUGCCGCUCCAGGUUCUCAUGCUACUCAAGAUUACCAUGAGGUUUGGAAAUCAUCUGAGGAAUUCCAAUCUGUUCAAAGAGAAUUAGAAAACAUGGAGUCCGAAUUGUGCAAAAAACCAAGAGAUGAAAGUCCAGAUAGUCAGAAGGAAUUUGCUACUUCUUUGUGGACUCAAUAUAAAGUAGUUAGCAAAAGAGUGUGGCAGCAAAUUUGGAGAUCUCCUACCUACAUUUGGAGUAAAUUUUUAAUGGGUAUCUUUUCCGCGUUGUUUAUCGGUUUCUCCUUUUUCAAUUCAUCUACCUCGACUCAAGGUUUACAAAAUCAAAUGUUCUCUAUCUUUUUGUUUAUGAUGAUUCUCAAUCCAUUAAUCCAACAAAUGUUACCUCAAUAUGAAGAACAAAGAGACCUUUAUGAAGUUAGAGAGCGUCCAUCAAAAACUUUCUCUUGGAAAGCCUUUAUUUUGUCUCAAAUCACAACAGAAAUGCCGUGGUCCAUACUUGUAGGAACUCUCGCAUUCUUCUGUUUCUAUUACCCGGUCGGAUUCUACCAUAAUGCAGCUGCAUCUGGUGAAACGGCUUCCCGUGGUGCUCUGUUUUGGUUGCUUUGUGUCACGUAUUAUAUCUUUUCCAUCACUUUUGGUCAACUUUGUGUGGCUGCUAUCCAACGUCACGAGAACGGUGCCAUAAUUGCCAAUUUCUUUUUCAUGUUAUGUCUAUCAUUCUGUGGUGUUUUGGUUACAAAAGAAAAGCUACCUAAGUUCUGGAUUUGGAUGUACUAUCUAUCCCCAAUAACCUAUGUUGUUUCCGCUUUCAUGUCAACAGGUGCGGCCAAAGCUCAGAUAAAAUGCACAGCUGAUGAAUUGGUUAAAUUUUUCCCCCCAUCAGGAACUACUUGUGAGGAAUACAUUAGACCAUAUCUAUCCACUCAUCCCGCUUACUUCACUGGUACUGAGGGUGACUCCGGUUUGUGUUCCCUGUGUGUUAUGAACAAAUCCGACGUGUACUUGGCCAGUGUAAACAUAUAUUAUAAGGAUAGAUACAGAAACUGGGGUAUCUUCUUUUGUUACUGUAUUGUAAAUAUGAUUGGGUUUGCGUUCUUAUACUGGUACUUUAGGGUGCCCAAAAGUAGAAAAGUUAAAACCCAUAAUUGA